AUUAACACCUCUAACGCAUAAAAAAAAUUUAAAAAAAAAAACCCUAAACUCAUUUAUAAAGGAAAGGGAAAAAAGAAAUUACUACUUGAAGUUAAGAAUACUCGAAGUGGAUCUCAAUUACCCAUCCCCUUGUUAUGGCUGAAGAAUCCGCAGCGAUGUCAUCUAGCUCACAACCAAGGUCUUCCCCUGAUUCUGGAAAGAAAUCCCAGGUUCCUGGAUACUCGGCUAUUCCAGCUUUUCAACAUGGUGAUUUUCAGAUGUUUCCAGUUAUGUAUCCUGCAAUUAUCCCAUGUUUAACUUCAGUACAAAAUCAGGAACAGACAAACCGUGGAGCAGGCAUUUAUGCUGUCCCUGUUCUACCAUUUAUGGGGCAUAUUGCUGGAAUUCCGUCUAACAAUCUCAUUCCUCUCACCUAUAAUAUACCUACUCGGCCUGUGACGGAGCCAGGGGCAGCAGUUGAGCAGCAAGGGCAAGGAGCACAACAAGCACAACUUCAACAGCAGCAGGCAGGACCUCAAAGACCAGUUGUUGUAAGAAGAAUCCAAAUUGCAUUUCAGCUGGAUUUGUUUCUUAUUCUUAAGCUAGCAGCUGUAAUAUUUUUGUUCAACCAAGAUGGAUCAAGACAGAGGCUGGUUGUCCUUGUGUUAGUUGCUUUGCUUGUCUAUUUAUAUCAAACUGGAGCUCUUACACCAUUGAUAAGAAGGCUUUCCCAAGGCAUGCAGAGGGCAGCUGCACCUCCUCAUCCGCCUAGGCCUGCUGCCAGAGCAGAGAAUGUUCCUGCUGCUGAAAGGCAGGGCAAUGAAAAUGCUGCUUUGGCAGAGGGACAAGCAGGAGCAGAGAAUGAGAACCGACCAGCAGAUGAUGGUAAUCGGCUGGUUGAGAAUGAGAAUGCAGCAGACCCUGGUUUAGGAAAUGCUGGUAAUCACUGGUGGGGAAUUGUUAAGGAAAUCCAGAUGAUUGUCUUUGGCUUCAUCACUUCUCUUCUGCCAGGCUUCCACAAUGUAGAAUAAAUCAUCAUACUUUAGCGAAUGAAUGAGCCUUUGGAACCAACUCAGUAGCCACGCAAAAUUGUUUUCUUUAACUUUUUGUUGAAAAUAAAAGUAAAAAGAAAUAGAAACUGAUUUUCAUAGGUGCUAUUUAAACGCUUACGUGCAGUCAUUGCAUGGUUCUUGGUAAUUAGGCCUUUGAAUAUAGUGUUCACUGGUAAGUGUCAUUUUACGGGUGUUCUUUUCUCGAGAGAGUAGGCUUAUUGCUGUUAUUGCUUACUGCAUCUUUAUUGUUUACUCAUUUCAAACGCCCUUUUUAUCCAAAAUA